AUGAAUGGGUUCAGUAUCGUCCACCUGAAUCCCUGUGCUCCCUUGCAGCUGACAUCCGAAGCGGCAGCUGAACUUGGCCUCCCUCCCCUCAUUCAGAACUUCCACUCCCUCUGCCCAUUGGAGGACCUGCCCCUUGCAGACGAGCAGCCCUCCGUGAGCCUGGGCAUCAGGACAUGUGUCAUCAAAGGGGUUAGCAUGGUGGAUGGGGCUGCCUAUGGACUGAGGAGAAUUGAUGGCAGGCAGGUGCUGCCAUCUCCCGGCCUUCUUAAGUCCGCCCACGAAACAGUGCAGCGAUGGUCAUGUGUGGCCAAUCACCCAAAUGCAGUGGGCCUCCGGGGGGUGUUCGCCAGCAGCGAGUACGGGGGUGUUUCUUCACUAUACUUUGUACAUGACUACCACCCAGGGGCGGUGAGCCUUCACUUCCGCCACCUCCAGAGCCAGCGGCCGGCCUCAGAAGAUGAACUGUGGUCAUACCUUACUCAACUGGCUGCAGUGACAAGAGUUGCACACUCGUCCGGCCUGGCAUUUCGACCGGAAUGCCUCAUUCCCUCAAAGGUCUUGCUCACAAGCGGUGGUAGACUCAGAGUUGGGUCCAUAGGCAUCCUUGAUGUUCUUGAUGGGGAGCGCGUUCAAAACGAGGACCUGACUGUCUUGCAGCGGCGAGACCUGUUGGGAGUUGGCAAGCUCAUUCUGAGUCUGGCAACGGUGGGCUGCGAGAUGGGAGUGGGGCCUCUAGACCAUUGCGGUCUGCAUUACUCUGUGGAGCUUGUGAGGCUGAUCAACUCACUAAUGAUGGCCUCUGAAGGGAAUCAUCUCAGUAGCUGGCAGCACCUAGCUGGCGCCCUCAGCGAGCGGUCCCUUGCUGCCCUGGACUCUGCAAACAUGCACAACGACGCCCUGUUGCAUGAACUGGCAAAAGAGGUGGAGAAUGGAAGGCUUCUGCGGCUGCUCGUCAAGUUGGGGCUCAUCAAUGAACGUCCGGGGGGAAAUUUCUCUGUGAGUGAGGUUGUAUUGUGGUGUUAUCGACAGCUGCAUUGCUGUUGA